AUGGCGGGGUUGGGGGCCGCUCGGCAGCUCCUCCUCCUCCAGCUCCUGAGCCUGGCGCAGGCCCAGGGGGUGGGCAGAGGUGGCGCUGUCUCCAGGGAGUCCCUGGGGCUUGCUGACAUCCAUGACUACCAGCAGCAGGCCCCCGCCCGCUCCUCAGACCCCGCUGGGGCCUCGCAGGAGCAGUGGCGCCCUCUGCAGGAGUCACUGAAAAGGCUGGAGGCUGAGGUGACACAGCUCAGAGAGCAGAACAAGGACCUGCAGGAGAGGGUGAGGCAGCUGGAGUCCUGCGAAUGCCGCCCCGCUUCUCCCCAGUGCUGGGCGCUGGGGCGGGCCUGGCCUGAGGGGGCUCGCUGGGAGCCUGGCCUGCCCCAGUGCCGCGGCUGCAGCCACAAUGGUCAGGCCUAUGGCAAUGGGGAGGCCUUCUCCCCCGACGCCUGCACCACCUGCCGCUGCCUGGAAGGAGAAAUAGCCUGUACCCAGAAGCCAUGCCCAAGAGGACCCUGUCCGGAGCCAGGAGCAUGCUGCCCACACUGUGAGCCAGGCUGUGAGUACGAGGGGCAGCUUUACGAGGUGGGGGCCAGCUUCCCGUCCAGCUCCAACCCUUGUCUCCAGUGCUCCUGCCUGAGGAGCCUGGUUCGCUGUGUGCCCAUGAAGUGCCCGGCCAGCCCCUGCCCUGAGCCAGUCCUGAGGCCUGGCCACUGCUGCCCGGCCUGCCCAGGCUGCACAGAAGGUGGCUCUCGCCGGGAGCACGGCCAAGAAUGGACUGCACCUGGGGACCCCUGCCGGCUCUGCCAGUGCCUGGAGGGCCAAAUCCAGUGCCGCCAGCGAGAAUGCUCCAGCCUGUGCCCAUACCCUGCCCGGCCCCUCCCAGGCACCUGCUGCCCCGUGUGCGAUGGCUGUUUCCUAAACGGGCGGGAGUACCGCAGCGGGGAGCCGGUGGGCUCCGGGGACCCCUGCUCGCACUGCCGCUGUGCUAACGGGAGCGUCCAGUGCGAGCCUCUGCCCUGCCCGACUGCGCCCUGCAGACACCCAGGCAGGCUCCCCGGGCAGUGCUGCCCCGUCUGUGCCGGCUGUGAGUACCAGGGACACCACUAUCAGAGCCAGGAGACCUUCCGACUCCAAGAGGGUGGCCGCUGCCUGCGCUGCUCCUGCCAGGCCGGCGAGGUCUCUUGUGAGGAGCAGGAGUGCCCGGUCGCCCCCUGCACCCUGCCAGACUCUGGUCCCCAGCUGUGCUCAGCCUGUGUGCUUGGUGGAGAGGAGUUUGCUGAGGGCGUCCAGUGGGAGCCUGAUGGUCAGCCCUGCACAGCCUGCUCCUGCCAAGAUGGGGUGCCCGUGUGUGGGGCUGUGCUCUGCUCCCCAGCCCCCUGCCAGCACCCCACCCAGACACCUGGCGCCUGCUGCCCCAGCUGUGAGAGCUGCACCUACCACGGCCACGUGUAUGCCAACGGGCAGAACUUCACGGACACGGACAGCCCUUGCCACGCCUGCCGAUGCGAGGACGGGACCGUGAGGUGCUCCUUGGCUGACUGUCCACCCACAACGUGCGCCAGGCCCCAGAGUGGACCAGGCCAGUGCUGCCCCAGGUGCCCAGACUGUAUCCUGGAGGAACAAGUGUUUGCGCACGGCGAGAGCUUCUCCCACCCCCGAGACCCCUGCCAGGAGUGCUGGUGUCAGGAGGGCCACGCCCGCUGCCAGCCUCGGGCCUGCCCCAAGCCCCCCUGCGCCCACCCGCUGCCUGGUCCCUGCUGCCGCAAUGACUGCCAUGGCUGUGCCUUCAGCGGGAAAGAGUACCCCCACGGAGCAGACUUCCCCCACCCCUCUGACCCCUGCCGCCUGUGUCACUGCUGCCUGUAUGAGGGGAAGGAGUUGGCCAGCGGGAAGCGCUUCCCGUCGCCCACAGUGCGGUGCCACGACUGCCUCUGCCUGGAGGGCAGCGUCAGCUGCGAGCCCAGGGCCUGUGCCCCUGCCCAGUGCCCUUUCCCUGCCAGGGGUGACUGCUGCCCUGCCUGUGAUGGCUGUGAGUAUUUUGGGGAGUCCUACCUGAGUGGCCAGGAGUUCCCAGAGCCCCGAGCGCCCUGCAACCUGUGUACCUGCCUGGAAGGCUUUGUGACCUGCGGCCGCAGACCCUGUGAGCCUCUGGGCUGCAGCCACCCGCUCAUCCCAUCUGGGCACUGCUGCCCCACCUGCCAGGGAUGCCUCUAUCAUGGAGUCACUGCUGCCCUAGGAGAGACCCUCCCUGACCCACUGGACCCCACCUGCUCCCUGUGCACCUGCCAGGAAGGUUCCAUGCGCUGCCAGAAGAAGCCAUGUCCACCUGCUCUCUGCCCUCACCCCUCCCCAGGCCCCUGCUCCUGCCCUGUGUGCCACAGAUGCUUCUCUCAGGGCCGGGAGCACCAGGAUGGGGAGGAGUUUGAGGGGCCCACGGGCAGCUGCGAGCGGUGUCGCUGUCAGGCCGGCCACGUCAGCUGUGUGCAGCGGCGGUGCCCACCCCUGUCCUGCCCACUCCAGGUCACCGAGCAGGGGAGCUGCUGCCCUCGCUGCAGAGGCUGCCUGGCCCACGGGGAGGAGCACCCUGAAGGCAGUAGCUGGGAGCCUCCGGACAGCCCCUGCUCCUCCUGCAUGUGUCGCGAGGGUGUUGUCACCUGCGCCCGAGUCCAGUGCAUCAGCUCCUGUGCCCAUCCCCGCCAGGGGCCCAGUGACUGCUGCCCUCGAUGCUCUGACUGUGAGCAUGAGGGCCGGAAGUAUGAGCCAGGGGACAGCUUCCAGCCUGGGGCCGACCCCUGUGAAGUGUGCAUCUGCGAGCUGCAGCCCGAGGGGCCUCCCAGCCUUCGCUGUCACCGACGGCAGUGUCCCAGCCUGGUGGGCUGCCCUGCCAGCCAGCUCCUGCCCCCGGGGCCUCAGCACUGCUGUCCCACCUGUGCCCAGGCCUUGAGUAACUGCACAGAGGGCCUGCUGGGGUCUGAGCUGGUCCCGCUGGACCCUUGCUACACCUGCCAGUGCCAGGACCUCACCUGGCUCUGCGUUCACCAGGCCUGUCCUGAGCUCAGCUGUCUCCCCUCAGAGCGCCAUACCCCGCCUGGGGGCUGCUGCCCUGUGUGCCGGGAAUGUGUGGUGGAGGCCGAGGGCCGGAGAGUGGCCGAUGGAGAGAGCUGGCGGGACCCCAGCAAUGCCUGCAUUACUUGUACCUGCCAUCGGGGCCGCGUGGAGUGCCGCCUUGAGGAGUGCCAGGCCCUCUCCUGCCCACACGGCUGGGUGAAGGUUCGAGACACUGGCAGGUGCUGUGAACGAUGCCAAGUCCCCUCAGCUCCCGCCCAGUCAUGUGAGCACCAGGGCCGAGAGGUGGCCUCCGGGGAAAGCUGGGCCGUGGACCCCUGCACCAGCUGCUCCUGCGUGGCCGGCGCCGUGCGCUGCCAGAGUCAGCGCUGCCCGCCGCUCUCCUGUGGCCCUGACGAGGCUCCCGCCCUGAAUCCCGGCAGCUGCUGCCCCCGCUGCCUGCCGCGGCCGGCUUCCUGCAUGGCCUUCGGAGACCCCCAUUACCGCACCUUCGACGGCCGCCUGCUGCACUUCCAGGGCAGCUGCAGCUACGUGCUGGCCCGGCACUGCCGUGGAGGGGACUUCAGUGUGCACGUGACCAACACUGACCGGGGCCGGAGCGGUGUGGCCUGGACCCAGGAGGUGGCGGUGCUGCUGGGAGACGUGGCCGUGCGGCUGCUGCAGGGCGGGGCGGUCACGGUGGACGGGCGCCCUGUGGCCCUGCCCUUCCUGCAGGAGCCGCUGCUGUACGCGGAGCUGCGGGGCGGCACCGUGAUCCUGCACACCCAGCCGGGGCUCCAGGUGCUGUGGGAUGGGCAGUCCCAGGUGGAGGUGAGAGUGCCUGGCUCCUACCGGGGCCAGAUUUGUGGGCUCUGUGGGAACUUCAAUGGCUUUGCCCAGGAUGAUCUGCAGGGCCCUCAGGGGCUGCUCCUACCCACUGAGGCUGCCUUUGGGAAUAGCUGGCAGGUCCCCGAGGGGCCGGGACCUGGUCGGCCCUGUUCCAAGGGCCGGGAGGUGCAUCCUUGCCGAGCAGCAGGCUACCGUGCCCGGCGUGAGGCCAACGCCCGGUGCGGGGUGCUGAAGUCCUCCCCAUUCAGUCGCUGCCAUGCUGUGGUGCCGCCGGAGCCCUUCUUUGCCGCCUGUGUGUAUGACCUGUGUGCCUGUGGCCCUGGCUCCUCGGCUGACACCUGCCUCUGCGAUGCCCUGGAAGCCUAUGCCAGCCACUGUCGCCAGGCAGGGGCGACGCCGGCCUGGCGGGGCCCGACGCUCUGUGUGGUGGGCUGCCCCCUGGACCGUGGCUUCGUGUUCGAUGAGUGUGGCCCGCCCUGUCCCCGCACCUGCUUCAACCAGCACGUCCCCCUGGGGGAGCUGUCUGCCGACUGUGUGAGGCCCUGUGUCCCCGGCUGCCAGUGCCCCGCAGGCCUGGUGGAGCAUGAAGCCCACUGUAUCCCACCCGAGGCCUGCCCCCCAGUCCUACUCACUGGGGACCAGCCACCCCGAGAUCUGCUCAGCCCCAGCCAGGAGUCCCGGGGGACACCUGACCCAGGAUGACAGCGACCGGGACUCAUCAGACCAGAAGGCUCUCCUUGGAGAGCAGCUCCCACCCUGGCCAGAGCUUCAGCGAGAGUGCCCUGCGCUGGCACUGGGAGCCUAGGCCCAUGUCCCACAAAAACCCAGCCGUGUUGAGUCAGAAGCAGUAAACUCGGGGCCUGCCCUAA